AUGACUUUGUGCCAAACGCUCUACAGGGACAUCUACCCGUUUGAGAUGGGCAGGGGAGGAGGCCUAUGGGCCUUUUUCUGCCAACCCUGCCCUCACCUGCCUUUUGCCUUCACAGAUGCUCACUCUCUUUGCUAUAACUUUACCAUCGAUUCUCAGCCCACACCUGGACAACCAUGGUGUGUGGUUCAAAGCCAGGUGGACAGAAGUGUUUUUCUCUCCUGUGACUGUGGUCAUGCUAAGAUCCAGUUCACAAGCCCAUUGGGGGAGGAGGUGAAAACAACAAAGGCCUGGGAAACACAGACUGAAACACUCAGAGACGUCGGGGACUUGCUCAGGGAGCAGCUGCCUGAUGUUACGUCAGAGAACCACAGGGUCACAGACCCUCUCACCUUGCAGGGCAGGAUGACAUGUCGAUGUGAAGAGGAUGGACACAUCAGUGGAUCCUGGCAGUUCGGCUUCAGUGGACAAAUGUGCCUCCUCUUUGAUUUGGAGAAUGGACACUGGACAGUGGUUCAUUCUGGAGGGAGACGGAUGAGAGAGAAGUGGGAGAAGGACAGAGCUGUGAGCAACUUCUUCAAGAAGGUCUCCAUGGGAGACUGUCGGGCCUGUCUUUGGGAUUUCUUGGUGCACUGGGAGGAAAUGUCGACAACCACAGCAUCACUAACUGAAGCUCCCCUCACAGUCAACUCCACGGCCACAGCCGUCAAGCAUAUCACCUGGAUCCUCCCUGUGUUCCUCACCAGUUUCAUCAUAACUGUCUUCCUGGGCUGAGUCCUUUCCAGGAGCAGGUACAGAGGGCAGAAUUCAGAGGGAAGGCAGGGGUACAGGGCCUGGUGUGAGAACAGGGAAGGUGAAUCCCAGCCAACCCCUGCCCCUCACUGAACCUCCUCACCCUGGAAAUGAGCAGGUGAAUAAGACCCCAUAUCACCUGAGAGCAAGAACUGCAGACCCAACUCCAAAGGCCCAUUCUCACAGGAAGUGGCCUGGGUCAAGCAGGCAAGGCAGGAGCCCCACAGCAGAGACUGGGGGAAGGGGUGAGGCCAGGCCUGUGCUCCUGGAGCAGCAGCAGUUCUGACUCAGCCUGUGGCCUGCACAUCAUCAGCCUCCCGGGGAUCCAGAGCCUCCAUUACUGAGCGGCCCUGCCUUGAGUAGAGGUGCCUGGGGAUGGGUGGGCCUGAGCUGGGGUGGAGGUGCCCAGCUGGGCGGACUAGGAAGAGAUGGGGGGCAGGGACCCUGGUCCUGAGAGCUGUGUGUGCUGCUGGCUCAGAGGCUGGAGGGGCACAAAGGAAGGAGG